AUGAGUGCUACAGUUGUGUACUCCAAUGCUAUAAAACUAAAGACUGAACUACAUCAUUUUAUAUCCACUUUGGAUUCAGGGCAGGGAUCCCCUGCUCUUCAAUCCAAGGUUAGGGCAGGACUGAACAAUCUACAGAGAUCUAUUGAUGAUUUGGAGAUGCUUUCAAGGCGGGAAGUUACUUCCGUAAAACGGGAGAUCACAUCUGGACGAGCAUCAACAUUGCGAGACGAGCAUUGUCAGAUCCAAUCUGCAUUUGAUCGAUAUUGUAGCAUAGAGAGUGCACGGAUUGCCUCGGAACAACGACAAGAGCUAUUAGGGUUGGAUAAUUCAUUGCAACAACGAAACAGUGGUGCAAACCACUUUAAUCAUCCUGAAGAGCAAAGCACAAUUCUCAUGAUGGAUGGUCUCAUUAAUGAACGCAACGUUCUUGAGGGUGCAGAACAAAGUAUUGAGCAGUAUCUUACAAUGGGUCGAAACGCUCUCCAUGAGCUCUAUGAGCAACGAUCUAUGCUUAAAUCUACACAAAAACGACUGUUAGAUGUCGCAAAUUCACUUGGCUUGUCAUCUUCAGUAAUUAGAUUUAUUGAGCAACGAACAGCUGCUGAUCAGUGGAUUUUGUAUGGAGGACUUGCAGGAACAUGUCUGAUCUUGUGGGCUAUUGUGCAUUAUUUUGGAUGA